AGGAAAUGGCUACUAACAGUUCAGCCCAAGAGUCUAAAUCCCCACAGAAGAAAGGAUUGAAGCUAGCAGGGUUAAGUUCACUGAUUGGAAUGGGAGGAACUUUAGCAGUCUAUCCCAUCCUCCAUCCAUUAGAUGUCUUAAAAGCUAACUGGCAGACCAACCCUCACCUUAAACACGAAUUAGCAGUCGGUAGAAUGAUCAAGAAUACCAAAGGGAUCGCUGGAUUUUACUCUGGAAUCCUAACUAAUUGCACAAAGCAGGUUUGCAAAAGUGCUUAUAGAUACCCAUUGAUCUCAGGCUUGCCAAGAUUUUACUCAAGAUUAUUCGAUCUAGAUCUUGAUAAACACAAAUACAAACUGAAGAUGAUGACAUCUCUCAGUGUCACAAGUGUAGAGGCUAGUAUUAUCACCCCAUUCGAGAGAUUACAAGUCUUCAUCAUGACCUCUCAGAAUACCAAAUCAAACUAUUCUGACUUCUUAAAAACGAUCAAGGGCAAUGUAAGGAAAGAGCUCUUUAAAGGAUUUACGCCAUAUUUCGCAAGACAAAUUGUAGCAUGGACCUCACUGCUCCUAUCAGAUGCUUUCUUCAAGAGCAAAGUGAGGAAGUACUGGCAAAUCCCUAAAGAUGAGAUGAUCACUGGCUACAAACUGCUAUUGUGCACCUUCAGUGUAACGUGUACUACGAUCUUAGUCGCUAUGCCUUUCGAUAAUAUCAAGACUUAUAUCCAGAAAAACAUGAAAGAAAUUAGAGCAGAGGGAAAACAUACCAAGGCUGAUACUGGAAAGAUUGGCAUCAAGAAAGCUAUUUCGAGAAUUUACAACAAGGGAGGAGUCCUUGGCUUCUUCGUAGGCUGGAGACUAAAAAUGAGCACAUAUUUCAUCACCACAAGUCUUGCAGUGACUGUAAUCGAGUGGCUGGACAACCUGCAUAACAAGGCAGAGAAAUAAGUCAACUUAUUCGUGACUAAUUACUUUAACUUGAUCUCAUAAAGUU